GGAGGAAUAAAUUAAGUCUGAUUUUAAGCGAUCCGGGAAAUGGAGACUGACUACCAGAACUACGUGGAGUCGCUGUCGGGCGUGUCCUCCGACGAGGACGACUUCUCCACGGUGGACAGCUCGGACGAGUCAUCGGAGGAGCCGACUCCCACGCCACCAUCAGUCCCAAGGACACGAAAUCUGGUGCAGAUGCUCUACGACAGGGAGCGCACUGGAUUCUUCUCAGGCUCCUCCAGGGCUGGCCAAAAGCAACAGCUUCCUUACGACAGAGUGCCAAAUAGGUUAAAGCUAUACCUCAAGGAUGUGAUGGCCAGCAGUUUGAUGGAGGGGCACAUAUUCAUGGGCCUGACUGCUUGCGGCCAGUAUAUGCUCAGCCAUCGGGUGGUGUGCAACGACAGCUCCUCGCUGAAUCACUACUCCUUCAACAUGGGCUAUAAGUACACUUUGUACUUCUGGCUAUUCCAACCGCACAAGAGGCUGCGCCACUUUUUCUCGCGCCGCCUCUUCGACGAUCACUUGGUGGACAACAUAAAGACUGUAACUAUGACGCAGUGGAAGAACUCACAGCACCAGAUCCUUGUUGUCCACGGAGCAGCUACGGAGGAGGGGGAAGAUAGCUAUAUCACAUAUGUCAAAGUUCCUAAACUGGGUUGUUUGGAGUGCAAGAAACUCAACGACGACGGUCCAUAUUCCUUUUACAAUGCGCACUGCCUGAACUGCCACUUGACGGUGCACACCAAAUACUCCUCGACUGAAACAGAUCCGGUCUUCGAGCCGAAAAUCAAUCUGCUCUGCCCGGAACGUAUUCUGAUCAUCUCCAAUGGAUUCAUGCACAUGCUGCGCAUCGAUGUAGACACGCAGGCCGUGAACCCGGGCAGCAACUGCCUUUCCCCGCAGGGCCUCAUCCUGCCCAGUCUUCAAUCGCAAUCUCAAUCCUUCUUGCUUCCAAGAUCUUUGCCCAGCGAGGAGGAUCGCUUCUCGGGUGCCUUCACAGCUUCUGGAUCGGAGGCGGAAUCCGGAAAUGAACAGAGCGUUGUGGCGCGCAUUAUAGCCGACUUUAGCGACAUUGAAACCGAACAGACACAGCGCUCCAGUCAGCCCUGCAACAGCCAUAAUAUGAACAACAAUGAGGUGCCGUCCGGGGGCUAUGUGUACUGUUCGCCAAAGGCGUACGAAAAGCUCAUUUUCACGCCACACUGUAGUCCCACUGUGGUAACGGGCUUGACCAGUAUGACUCUGCCGGAAACCACGCUACCGGUAGCGAAGCCUCUUGCCAACGAAGCUAGUCCGCCGCGGAGGCGCAACCAGCGGAUAGUCACCAAGUUUCGCAAUGGCAUUACCACCAUUGAUUUGCAGAGCCCGCCCAGUUCCAGCUCGAAGGCGGACAAAUCGAAUGCCUAUGAAUUCUCAGAAGACAAUGAGAAGUGCGAAAAGAUCUCCACUUUCCGCAAACGACGUUUGGCGGAGAAGAAGUACGAGUUCUCAGAGGACAACUCGGAAAAUAUUAUACCUUUCACCAAGGUGCGCCUGGCGGUUCGGGCAUUCAACGCCUCGACAGCCAGUUCCUCGGCCCGAAGCUUUCAUCGCUUCUCACCCACUGCGCACUUCUUUCACAACUCGCCCUGCGCCUCGCCCUCAUCUUCGCCACAUCCCUCCCAGCCGGCACAGACGCCCCCGCAUCUGGGAUUUCGUUCGCCUCCGUCCAGUUCGAUGCUGAUGCGUUCGCCCAGCCGGAAUGCCAAUUCAUCUCAGAUUUUCAACCAGAAAUCGCCGCCACUAUCGCAGGCCACGCAGCAAAUGCUCAGCUACAAGCCGGUGGGUCCGCUGGGCGCUCUCUCGCCACUGCAGGUGUCUCUGGCCAAGCGCUUUGACAUCGGGGGCUCCAUGUCUCCAAAUGCUGGGCUGUCCUUUUUGUCACCGCGACGCGAUGAGCCGCGGAUUGUGGAGAUGCCAGUGCAGGGCGGGGUGAUGCCGGAGAAACCGGUGUGCACAAAGAAGCUACGACGACGCUAUGUGGAAGAGGACGAUGCUACGUCCGUCAUCACCAGCGAAGAGGAUGACUGCAUUUCGCCGGGCUACCACACCUCACUGCCAAUGGAAGUGCACGGAUCGUGUUACUCGGAGAUGCAGAUGAUCUCACAGGCCUCGUAUCAGCGACUGCGCUGCAGCAGCGUGGUAAUCACCCAGCACUCCUUCGAUCUGGAGACCUUCACAUACUAUGUGAUUAGUCUGCUGUGCCAGAAGCACCAGAAGAUAUACAACGUCUUCUACGACUGGGCCUACGAGGUGAUCAGCGUGUGUCCGCUGAGUCAGACGAUCGGCUGCACGCUAAUGGCUCAGUUCUCGGCGCGGGAUCAGCCACUGGCCAUCUGUUUGCACUGCACCGGACGGAUGGACUGUGCGUUUCACAACAGGCAGUACGAGUGCCGAAUUCUGUUCACCUGGAACAUGGAGAGCGGACAGUGGCAGGUGCUCGAUUAUGGGGAGCUGAAAGAAGUGCUCGAGCAGUUCAGUCCGCUGAAGCGGCUGGGCAAGGCUCGCCUUACGUUCGCCCAAAUGGCCAGGAAGAUGGGUCAGGAAAUGGCUGCUGGGCUGGGCCUCAACUUGCCCGACUACACCGCCAAUCUGCGCGUACUCAACUCGGACAUCCGGAAGUCCAAGAUGUACAUCAGUGAUCUCGACAACAUGGUGGAGUUCCACUUGAAGCGCACACACCCGGAGACGCUGUGAGCACAUUGUUAGCUGGCCACAUAAGUAAACACACUGGUUAAUGAAAUGAUUGCUUUCAUUGCAAUAAAAGCUGCAACAAUUCGAAAAAAUUAAAUAAUUGAUCACAUUUGAAUGUUAACC